AUGGCACCUUUUGGAUUAAAGGCAGUUGUUGGAGAAAAGAUAAUGAACGGUGUCAUCAAGAAAGCACGAGAAAAAGGAAAAUGGAAAGUCCUAGUGGUCGACAAACUGAGUAUGAGAAUGAUUUCUUCCUGUUGUAAGAUGACAGACAUCAUGUCAGAGGGAAUCACCAUUGUUGAGGACAUCACCAAGCGAAGGGAGCCUCUCCCCAGCAUGGAAGCCAUCUAUCUGAUAACACCCUCAGAUGAGUCUGUUGAGGGUCUGAUUGAUGACUUCAGAGACCCACGUUCUCCAAGGUACAGAGCGGCCCAUGUAUUCUUCACUGACACAAUUCCAGAUUCCAUGUUUGGUCUGUUGACCAACUCUCGCGCCUCCAAAGCCAUGAAGGCCUUGACUGAGAUUCAUGUCGCCUUUCUGCCCUAUGAAUCUCAAGUCUUUUCCCUGGACAAAGUAGAUGCCUUUCAGGACUUCUACAGCCCCUUCAAAGCUGAUGUGAAGAACAAUAUGCUUGAAGCUUGCGCUGAACAGAUUGCCACCCUAUGUGCUACACUCAAAGAGUACCCUGGAAUCCGAUACCGAGGAGAGUACAAAGACUGCGCUGUCCUGGCCCAAAUGCUGCAAGACAAGCUAGAUGGCUACAAGGCUGAUGACCCCACCAUGGGGGAGGGACCAGAUAAGUGCCGGAGUCAACUAAUCAUCCUGGACCGAGGAUUCGAUCCUGUGUCACCUCUUCUACAUGAGCUUACUCUCCAGGCAAUGGCCUACGACCUGCUCGGCAUUGAGAAUGAUGUCUACAAGUUUGAGACCAGUGGAAUGGGGGAAACUAGAAUAAAAGAUGUAUUACUGGAUGAGGAUGAUGACCUGUGGUUGACUCUGAGGCACAAACAUAUCGCUGAAGUUUCAACGGCUGUGACUCGUUCUCUCAAAGAAUUUUCAGCCAGCAAAAAAAUGAACACAGGAGAAAAGACCACAAUGAAGGAACUGUCUCAGAUGCUGAAGAAAAUGCCUCAGUAUCAAAAGGAACUCAGCAAAUAUUCAACUCAUCUUCACCUGGCUGAGGAUUGUAUGAACCGCUACCAAGGCACUGUUGACAAACUCUGCCGUGUGGAACAGGACCUUGCGAUGGGCACCGAUGCUGAGGGCGAGAAGAUAAAAGAUCCCAUGAGGCUCAUUGUACCGAUUUUACUGGAUACCAACGUCAGUGUUGCUGACAAGAUCCGCAUCAUCCUGCUUUAUAUCUUUCUAAAGAAUGGUGUGACCGAAGAAAACUUGUGUAAGUUGCUCCAGCACGCCAGCAUCCCACCAGAGGACAGUGACAUCAUUUCCAACAUGGCACACAUGGGGGUUCCUAUUGUCUCCGAGGCAACUGCCAAGAAAACAAAAAAGCCAGACCGUAAAGAGCGAAUCAGUGAGCACACCUACCAACUCUCAAGAUGGACGCCACUUGUCAAAGACCUCAUUGAGGAUGCCAUUGAGGAUAAACUCGACAUGAAGCAAUACCCAUACAUUUCCCAAAGACAAGUAUCAGCCAAAGCCAGUGCUCCGACAAGCGCCCGCUAUGGUAACUGGCACAAAAAUCGGGGACCAACAGAGGUGAAGACUGGGCCAAGGGUAAUUGUCUUCAUUAUUGGAGGCAUGACCUACAGUGAAAUGCGUUGUGUGUAUGAGGUCACACAAGCCAAUGGCAAAUGGGAGGCCCUCAUCGGUUCCACCCACAUCCUUACACCUCCCAAAUAUCUGAAGGAACUACAGCACCCAGAUUUCCUGGACCCCAAUGCAGCACCUGAGACUGGCGAGCAGGAGUCGGCACAGUGA